AUGGAAGAGAAGCUUGCAGUUUGCUUCCGCACUUCAGCUGAUUCAAUCUUCCGAGCGAUCGCAGAGAACCGUCCUCUAGCCAAUUCCUUGCAGAGUGGGUUGGGGGAUGGAGGAACAGGUGUGGAUGCAGGCGUGAAAGCAGCAGCGGAGGACAACCUGAACCAUUUGAUUGAGGUUGUAUGGAGAAUGUAUGAUUUCGUGACGAAAACAAGGGAUGGAGAAGGCAAAUUGAGAGAGGGAAUCGAUGCGAAGAUGCAAGGAAUGCAACAGUGCCUGCAAGGGAUACAGAAUACGUUGGAAGAGAUGAAAGGGUCUAUGAAGGAAUUCGAAGAAAUGAAACGGUCUAUCAAGGAAUUGAAAGAAGGCAUGACAGAUGAGAUCAAGAGAGCGGACGAUGGCGGCGAGGUUGAAGAUGAAACAGUCAAUGACAAUACGAUGGAAGGGGACGAGAGCAGGUUACUUCCCACCAAUUUCAAAUGGGUGAAAGCGAAUACAAGAGCAAUUUAUACACAAUGGCAUUUCGGAAACAGGGAGAAAGGGUAUCCUGCUUACAAAACCUUGAAGCCUCGCCAUUUCUACACCAAGGAUCAAAAGAAGAGGUUAAGUGACUUGCGGUAUCUUGUGAGGGAAAUAGAAAUAGAAGCCAGAGCACUGGGAGUGUAUGUCGAGCAACCGGACGGCAUAGAGGAAGCGGGGUUUAUGUAUGAUCAGUGUGAAAACUUUCUGAUGGAAGUAUACAAGAAAGCAAGAGGAGAAUGGAACGUGACGUCAAGGUUUGGCCAUUUGUCGUGGAUGACGGUGGUGAACUUGCUUAGGAACUCGGAGCGGGCGAGGGCGAAGGACGUAGAGAUGUUUUGGUGUAGUUACUAG